CGCAUAUAUAUAUUUCCAUUGAUUACUGCACAACAUUUAUAUUGAGAUAGAAAAUAAACGGCGGAGGAGUUAGCUAAGCUAAAUGGCGGCGAAUAGGGCGGAGAUUGACACGAGUGCGCCUUUCCGGUCAGUCAAAGAGGCGGUGAUGCUGUUCGGCGAGAGGGUUCUCGCCGGCGAGGUCUAUGCCAACAAACUCAAAGAGAUGGAAGACAAGGCGAGGACCAAGUACGACCAUGGUACGGUCGCGUAUGAGCUCGAGGGGACGAAACAAAGCCUCAAAAAAGCUCGGGAGGAGACGGUCCACAUGGCUCGUUCCCUCUCCUCAUUACAAGCAGAACUCGAGCAAACCAAACGAGAGCUCGAGAAGUUGAAGGCCCGCACUCUGCAUCCCGAGGAGGCAGAGGACCUCAAGUACGUUGAGGAAUUUGUGAACGAGCGAGUGAAAACCGAGACAAUGCUCGUCGUGCCUAGUAAUGACCGUGGGACCCAUGGAAGUCAUGUUGAGAAGAAAUGCGUGUCAUUCGCGAAUCGUUUGCCGGUGGUUCACGUGGUGGUGCCGCCGCCGUCCGGAGAGGCGGCCGUGCUCGGGAGGCACCCGUCGGUCAAGAAGAAGAAGAAUAAGCCACUCAUUCCCUUUAUUGGAGGGAUUUUUUCGAAGAAGAGUUUGGCUUGAGUGAGAUUGAGGAAAAUUCGCAGUUUAGGUCCACUAAUACUUUAGCGUGUUUCUAUUUUGGUCCAAUAACUUGUUGGAAUUCUAAAUUGGUCCAUUAAUUCUUCAAAUUUAGCCAACUUGGUCCAAUUUCUAUCCGAACACCGAAGUUUGGUAGUUAUUUGGUCCAAAAUUGGUCUAAUAAUUCUUAAAUUUAAAUUGAGUAAAAUUUAAUAAUUAUUAGACCAAUUUCAAACCUCAAUAAGUUAUUGGGUAAAAAUAAAAAAUACUAUAAACUAGUGGACUAAAACUGUGAUAUUUUUCGUGACAUUGAUGUAAUAAAGAGGCUUUUGUUGUGUUGUUGCUGUUUUGGAUGGAGGGAAUGCUCAAUCUUUUUUGGGUACUAUUGUUGGUACUUGGUAGAAUAAGAUUGUGUAUUUUUGUAUGCAAUAGUAUGUCUAUAGAAUCAUAAUCAUUGUUACACUAAAGUUAGCUAGGUUUAAUAGCUA